GCGACUGUAACAAGAAGUUUCAACAAACAACUGCAAAUAAUAAAAGAACAGGGUACGGAAGAGGAAAAGAAGAAUGCGAUACGUCUCGAAAAUCAAUUCAGGCCUGUCUGUGACUUGCUAAUUUUUAGUUUUGAUAACCUUGAUACGCUAAUAAUAAACUUUAUUUUUGUUAAGAUUGAAUCUAAAAAGAAGGGAUCAAUCGACAACUUUUGGUUGGAGUCUUUACGUGGGUGGAUACAGUUCGGUGGCAUUGGUAAUAUGAUACGAGAUUAUAAAAAUCAUGGACGACCGAGCAUUGAAGAAGAAAUAUCAGCAAUACCAACGAAAAGGACGAAAUUAGAUGAAAAAUUUAACUUAACGAAGUCUUCCUCUGAGCUUCUUCCCUCUACGAACGUACAACAAACAUCCACUAUUUCCAAUUCUAAUGAUGUGAAAACUGAAGAGCUUGAGGGCGAUGAAGAAAUUAAAUUUAAUCUAGUGAACGUUUUGAUGGAACUAAAUCGCGAACCAACGGUUAAAAGCUCUAUCAUCAAUCAUGGUACUCUGUUGGCCAUCGAACCACCACUUCCACCGGAAAUUUCAUCUUCUCUUCGUGAUACAGCUAGUAGACAGUUGGUUGGCGAAGACGUUUUCAUGGAUUGUGGAAGUGCGGAGUUGAAUAGAAUGAUUGCACUCAUGUUUAACAACCUAUAUUAUGGUAUUCCAGAGGUUGCUCCAUCGAAGUUGUCUGAGGAAGAGCACUGUGAUAUGUUCAUUUAUCCAAUUAUUCGUUCGUUUCGUGGAUCCGAAAAAGAAUAUGAACUUAGACUAAAUCGUGCCAAUACAGGCUCAAAGACGAGACCGGACCUUUCUUGUAUAGUGAAUGAUGUAUCAAUCUUAAAUUCAGAGUUUAAGCCACUAGGUGAUUCAAUGGAAUCAUCCUUUAUGGAUCUGAAGUACGAUGGGUUGUAUCGCUCCUGGCUAUUUCUCACCACCAAACUAGUGGUCGACAAGGCUACGAUCCCACUAGCAGAGUUCGCAAUCAGCCACUUUGUGGCUUUAGAGGAAUGUGUUGAAAAGAUUGCGAAGAACUUCAAAUAUCGGAGUAGUCAAUUCACGCCACCUGCACAGAUGUCCUUUGUGCGCAACCUUCCAGAUUCUCCGCAAGUAAAGAUGUUACUUCAUUAA